UUCGCCGCGCCCGUCCGGGGACGCGACGCGCGCAGCUUGAUGACGACAUUUCGGCGCCUAGUCGCCGAAUGGCGGCAUCCGUCCCUGAAGCUGCGGGUUCCUUGGUGGUCCCCUAAGACGGCCGCUCCGGACCCUGUGAGGCAGGCUGCCAUGGCGUUCCCCCACCUGCAGCAGCCCAGCUUCCUGCUGGCCAGCCUGAAAGCCGACUCUAUAAACAAGCCCUUUGCACAGCGCUGCCAAGACUUGGUUAAAGUCAUCGAGGACUUUCCAGCAAAGGAGCUGCACAGCGUCUUCCCGUGGCUGGUCGAGAGCAUCUUCGGCAGCCUGGACGGCGUCCUGCCCGGGUGGAGCCUGCGCUGGCUGCAGGGCCGCGUGAACCCCGUGGAGCACAGUGUGGCCGUGGAGUUCCUGGACCCUGGAGGCCCAAUGAUGAAACUGGUGUAUAAGCUUCAGGCCGAAGACUAUAAGUUCGAUUUUCCUGUCUCCUACCUGCCCGGGCCUGUGAAGGCGUCCAUCCAGGAGCGUGUGCUUCCCGACAGCCCGCUGUACCACAACAAGGUGCAGCUGCCCCCCACCGGGGGCCUCGGCCUGUAUCUGGCCCUCAAUCCCUUCGAGUACUACAUGUUCUUCUUUGCCUGGAGCCUGAUCGCCCAGAAGCCGCCCCCCGGGGCCCUCCAUGUCCGCACCUCCGACUGCGCCUACUUCAUCCUGGUGGAUAGGUACCUGGCGUGGUUCCUGCCCACGGAAGGCAGCGUGCUGCCCCCGCUCUCCAGCCCGGGGGGGCCCAGCCCCUCGCCGGCUCCCAGGACGCCGGCCAUGCCCUUCGCGUCCUACGGCUUGCACCACACCAGCCUCCUGAAGCGGCACGUCUCCCACCAGACGUCGGUGAACGCGGACCCCGCCUCCCACGAGAUCUGGCGGUCAGAGACGCUGCUCCAGGUGUUUGUGGAAAUGUGGCUCCAUCAUUACUCUCUGGAGAUGUACCAGAAAAUGCAGGCCCCUCACGCCAAGCUGGAGGUCCUGCACUACCGGCUCAGCGUCUGCAGCGCCCUCCACAGCCCCGCCCACCCCAGCCUCCAGGCCCUCCACGCCCACCAAGAGGCCUUCAUGCCCACGGAGGAGCACGUGCUGGUCGUGCGGCUGCUGCUGAAGCACCUGCACGCCUUCUCCAACAGCCUGCGGCCUGAGCAGGCCUCUCCUUCCGCCCACUCCCACGCUGCCAGCCCCCUGGAGGAGUUCAAGAGGGCCGCCGUCCCGAGGCUCGUCCAGCAGAAGCUGUACCUCUUCCUGCAGUACUGCUUCGGCCACUGGCCCCUGGACGCGUCCUUCAGAGCCGUGCUGGAGACGUGGCUGAGCUACCUGCAGCCCUGGAGAUAUGCGCCCGAGAGGCAGGCCCCGGGCAGUGGCUGCCAGGCCCGCGGCGUGUCUGAGAGAUGGGCGCCCUUUGUGCAGGAGAACCUGCUCGUCUACACCAAGCUCUUCCUGGGCUUCCUGAACCGCGCGCUGCGCACAGACCUCGUCAGCCCCAAGAACGCGCUCAUGGUGUUCCGCGUGGCCAAGGUCUUCGCGCAGCCCAACCUGGCCGAGAUGAUCCAGCGGGGCGAGCAGCUGUUCUUGGAGCCCGAGCUCGGUGUCCCGCAGCGGCAGCACCGGCUCUUCGCAGCGCCCUCCUUCACCGGCAGCUUCCUUUCGUCAUGGCCGCCGGCUGUCACGGACGCCUCCUUCAAGGUGAAGAGUCACGUGUACAGCCUGGAGGGCCAGGACUGCAAGUACACGCCGAUGUUCGGACCCGAGGUCCGGGCGCUGGUCCUGCGUCUGGCGCAGCUCAUCACACGGGCCAAGCAGACGGCCAAGUCCCUCUCAGACCAGAGCGGGGAGGGCGCGGCCGGCCGCCCCUUCCUGUCCUGGCUGGGCUUCUACCCCGCGGACAGCAACGGCUCCUACGCGGGCAACGACCUGGACGAGAUGGGGCAGGACAGCGUCCGCAAGACGGACGAGUACCUGGAGAAGGCGCUGGAGUACCUGUGCCAAGCCUUCCGGCUUAGCGAGGCCCAGCUCGCACAGCUGACGCUUGCCCUGGGGACGACGCAGGACGAGAACGGGAAGAAGCAGCUCCCGGACUGCAUCGUGGGCGAGGACGGGCUCAUCCUCACGCCCCUGGGCCGCUACCAGAUCGUCAGCGGGCUGCGGCGCUUCGACGUCGAGUACCAGGGUGACUGGGAGCUGCAGCCCAUCCGGAGCUACGAGAUCGCCAGUCUGGUCCGCGCGCUCUUCCAGCUGUCGUCCGCCAUCAACCGCAGGUUCGCAGGCCAGAUGGCGGCGCUGUGCUCGCGGGCUGACUUCCUGGGCAGCUUUUGCCGCUACCAUCUUUUGGAGCCGGGGCUGUCAGGCCGGCGCCUGCUGAGCCCGGUGGGGCGCGGCCACGCUGCCAGCCGCACGCGCGGCCCGCGGCUCAGCCUGCGCUUCCUGGGCAGCUACCGGACGCUGCUGUCGCUGCUGCUGGCCUUCUCGGUGGCCUCACUGUUCUGCGUGGGGCCUCUGCUCUGCGCCCUGCUCCUCGUGGUGGGCUACAUCCUGUACGCCGUGGCCAUGACGCUGCUGACCGAGCGUGGCAAGCUGCACCAGCUCUGAGAGCGGCCGCCCGCCGCCCCCGGGCCGCCCCGCGCCCGUCACCUCCGCGCGUCUUCAGCUGGUUUCCCGCCGCCUGGCAGGCAGGACGAGAGCCUGCCGGGCAGGGCCCGGGCCUCCCUGAGGGGGAGGGUGGAGCGGUGGGCUCCCUGCCUCUGCCGGAGGCCCCUGCAGGAAGGUGCCUUUCUCUUCACUGUGUGAAGCUCAGGAGUCAGGCCUCCCCGGGGGGCCUGCAGUCUCUGCCCUCAUGGCCCUGGAAGGGGGGACAGUGAGACCCGAGAACAGGAGACCAGCCUCUGGCUCCCAAGAAGAGUCAGGCCCCAGAUGGGAGUCUUGAGAAAACCAGAUGGGGGUUCUCUGGUCCAUGGUUUUAAGCUAGUUUUGCUGCCGAGUCCGGGCUGCACACCUGCAUCUGAGGAGAGGCACGCAGACGGCCACCAGCCGGGGCUGCCCCGUGCGCGGGCCUUGUCCCUGCAGACGGCGGGCUGCCCGCCCUGGGGCACAGCCAGAGGCAGGCAGAAGCACCAUUCGUGUCCUCCUCAGAGCAGGUGCUUGGACAGGGUUUGGUGACAUUGAAACAUUCCAAGUGCACGAGGCUGCAGGUUCACAGACCCUCACGGCCUCCCGUGCCCUUUGUCCUGCAGAUGACGCACUGGAGGCACUUGCCAACCCAGAUUUUUAAAAGGCUUUGGUGUCUGUCUUUUUAAGUUUUCAAACUGUAAACGUUGGGCUUUGUGUUUUAAUCUAAACUCAGAACAGUGGCCUUUGGGGCCUGUGACCAAAAGCCAAACUUGUAACUGACCCUGGACCUGAAUAAACCUGUUCUUGGUCUUGAA